GGAAUAUUCCCAAAAUAAAGAAAAAACAAAGAGGUCGCUUAUGGAGUAAAUGCUUCAACUCUGGCUAGGGCAUCUUCCCUCCCCCAUUCGCCAUUGGCGAUAAGCCAAAACUCAUACUUACAGCUCUUAAUCCCUAUCGCCUUCAUUAAUUUCUCCAUUUACCUCUCCUUUCAUUCUCCAUUCAACCCUUCAAUUGGAAAUUUCGAAACAUAAAUAGGUUUAAAUCUGACGAUUUUCUUUUUUUUUUUUUUUUAAAAAUUGCUAUUAGGGUUACCGAGAAGAAGAUCCGCACUCAAAACGUACGAUUCGGCACGUAAUUUAUGAGGAUUUAGUUUGCAAAUGCAAAAUGAUGGCGAUUAAUUGAACAUCUGGCAUCGGCUGUUUUGAAUUUGUCAGACGAUUGGAAUAUGGCAGACUCAAGGGUCGAUGUCAUACUUGAAUUUCUCAGAAGGAAUAACUUUGCUAGGGCUGAGGCAGCAUUGCGAAGUGAGAUUGAUAAUCGGCCUGAUUUGAAUGGGUUUAUGCAAGGUCUUAACCUUGGAGAGAAGGAAUUAUUAGAAAAGGAGAAUAUUGCAAAACCUGUUGCAUCUGGCAACGGAGAAAGGAGUUCUUCAACAAGUGAUGAAGUUUCAAAAGAAGAGCAUAUUGUGAAAGAGAUGGAAUUUGGGACUCAAAGGAAUGGAUCUGAUAGUAAAUGGGAGAUUGGUUCCUUUGAAGGAGACCAAAAUAGUGAGCAGAUUGGAGCAAGGAAUAAGAAUUUUGUUUUUUCUAAUGGUUCAGAUGACAAUCUUCUUGAUUUGUAUACAUGGAGGUUCAAUCCAAGUAAUGGGUAUGAUGAUGAUGAGGAUGAGGAUGAUAAUAGUAUCAGAACAGACACUGUGAAGGAAUAUCAAGUUUCUUCUCUUUCAAAGAUUCAUCCAUCUGAGGUUGCUUCUAAUACAGAAACAGGUUUUUCUGGGGGUGGAAAAGUCUCAUUUCUUGGACCUGUAGUUACUAGUAAAACAAAUUUGGUGCCAAAACAGCAGAUUAUGGAUAAACCUGUUGAUCCUAAGGGGCUUAAUUGUCAAAAAGAUGGUUUUGUGGAUAACCCAUGGUCAAGAAAUGAUGAAUUCAAUUGCUCUAUCAAAACAGUAUUCCCGUUUUCUGAAGGAGAUGCAUCCACCAGCUAUGGUGUUGGUGAUAAAGAAGAUGGAAAGAGAAAAGCAGACAACAUUAGGGCAGCAAUUAAAGAGCAAGAAAAUGAGGUUGGAAGAGCUUUAUACUUUGCAAAAACUCAAGGAAGCAAUGAAACCCUAGGUUUUGGUGGAUCCGAGAAUCAGAAAGAAGAACUACCUAGACUGCCACCUGUCAAACUAAAGUCAACUGAGAAACUUUCAAGUAUGAAUUGGGAAGAGAAGCAUGAACAUGAUGAUGGACAUGGACAAAUUCUUAAUGCUGAAAAUGCUUAUCUUAUAGGAUCAUUUCUAGAUGUUCCUAUUGGUCAAGAACUAAGCUCUUCAGGUUUAAAAAGGCCUGUAGGAGGUAGUUGGAGGUCAAUAAGUCAAGGGAUUACAGAAGACACAUCGGAUCUUGUAUCAGGUUUUGCAACAAUCGGUGAUGGUUUGAGUGGAUCUGUUGAUUACCCAAACCCACAUGAGUAUUGGGACUCAGAUGAAUAUGAUGAUGAUGAUGAUGUUGGGUACAUGAGACAACCAAUUGAAGAUGAAACAUGGUUUCUAGCCCAUGAAAUUGAUUACCCAAGUGAUAAUGAAAAAACAACAGGUCAAGGAACGAGUCCAGAUCCACAAGAAAGAAUCAUCCCAAACAAAAACGAAGAUGAUGAUCAAUCAUUUGCAGAAGAAGAUUCAUACUUAUCUGGUGAUCAGUAUCCAAUCAUCACUCAUUCCAAUGUUGAGUAUGAUGGAGAGUUAAUGGAGGAAGAGGAGUUGAGUUUGAUGAGUGGAGAGCCUGUGUGGCAAGGGUUUGUGUCUCCAACCAAUGAGCUUGUUAUGUUUGGUGAAGGGAAAGUUGUUGAUGAUGGUGGAAGUAGAUCAAUUGGUGUAGGGAUUAAUAAUGAUGUGACUGAAACUUUGGUUCAAGGUGACAUUGAUAAUAAUGAUCUUCCACUUCCACUUCCACUUCCACCAAAUAGAGUUAAGAAAGAGAUAACCAAGAAUGUGAGUGAAGGUGGAUUUUCUUUUCCACCUCCUAAAAACGGACAGGUGGCGAGUGUUUCUAGUCAACCUUCAUGGUCAAACUCAAACAACAAUAAGGCCAUUGUAGGUGAUGACAGUGAUAAAAGCUCAAGGGAAGAAGAAGAAGAAGAAGAUGAUGAUGAUGUUUUGAAUUCAGCAAUGCCCUUGGAUUAUGGUUUUGGUGAAAGGGGGCAUAUUGGGAAAGAGGAGGAUGAGAAAGUUGUUGAUGAUUCAAGAGAAGAAGAAGAAGAAGAUGCAGGGGCAAUUUUGGAAGAUGAAGAAGCGGUUGCUGUCCAAGAGCAAGUGAAGCAGAUAAAAGCUCAGGAGGAAGAAUAUGAGACCUUCAAUCUUAAAAUUGUGCACAGAAAAAACAGAACUGGUUUUGAAGAGGACAAGAAUUUCCAUGUUGUUUUGAAUUCUGUGAUUGCGGGUCGUUAUCAUGUAACCGAAUAUCUUGGGUCAGCUGCAUUCAGUAAAGCCAUUCAAGCACAUGAUCUUCACACAGGGAUGGAUGUAUGUGUGAAAAUCAUUAAAAACAAUAAAGACUUUUUUGACCAAAGUCUUGAUGAAAUAAAGCUCCUCAAAUUUGUCAACAAACAUGACCCUGGUGACAAAUACCAUCUUCUCAGACUCUAUGAUUACUUCUAUUACCGAGAACAUUUGUUAAUCGUUUGUGAACUUCUAAAGGCAAACUUAUACGAAUUCCAUAAAUUCAAUAGAGAAUCCGGUGGCGAGGUUUAUUUCACAAUGCCAAGAUUGCAGUCAAUAACGAUCCAGUGUUUGGAGGCGCUUGAGUUUUUGCAUGGAUUAGGGCUUAUACAUUGUGAUUUAAAGCCUGAGAAUAUAUUGGUGAAGAGUUACAGCAGAUGUGAAGUGAAAGUGAUUGAUCUUGGAAGCAGUUGUUUUGAAACAGAUCAUCUUUGUUCUUAUGUCCAAUCAAGGUCUUAUCGUGCCCCUGAGGUUCUUUUAGGACUUCCUUAUGAUAAAAAGAUCGAUGUUUGGUCACUUGGCUGCAUUUUGGCUGAACUUUGUACUGGAAAUGUUUUGUUCCAGAAUGAUUCUCCAGCUACUUUGCUUGCACGUGUGAUUGGAAUUAUAAGUCAAAUUGAUCAAGAAAUGCUUGUAAAGGGGAAAGAUACACAUAAAUACUUCACCAAAAACCAUAUGCUUUAUGAGCGUAAUCAGGACACAAACAGAUUGGAGUAUCUGAUCCCAAAAAAGACAUCUUUAAGGCACAGAUUACCAAUGGGUGAUCAAGGAUUCAUUGAUUUCGUCUCCCAUUUACUUGAAAUCAACCCAAAAAAACGUCCUUCAGCAGCACAAGCCUUGAAACAUCCAUGGUUAUCAUACCCUUAUGAACCAAUUUCCUCAUGAUGAAAAAAACAAAAUCACCAAAAUACCCCUUGGUUGGAAUUGGAUAAACACACAAGUUAAAACAACAAAAUGAUGUACCUUAAAAAUACAUGGGUUUUAGGGCACCCAAAAGGAAGGGGUUUUUUUUAGACAUUCCACGUCAGCAAAGUGCAUAGGGUAUGUAUGUGCAUGGUUUGAGUAAGUGGCAGUGCCCUUUUCCCUUGCCAAGUUGUAUUUAUAUUUUUGUGUAAUGGGAUUUGUGUUUUUUUUUUUUUUUUGUUAGUGAUUUUUUUUUUAUUUACCGAUUUUGAUUUGUUGUGGUGGAAGGGAAAUGUUGAAAAUCUUUGUUGUAACUUCUCACUUGUACAUGAAUAUGAUAAAUUCAACAGACAGUGUGGUCGUAUACUUUAUACUUUGA